AUGACGAACAAUUUCGCAUUUCCUGGUGAUGGUGAUGGUGAUGCUCUCGUUUCUUCAAGACGACUCGUUUUGCUUGCAUCUGUUUGUUCCGGUAUUCUCAUGUGCAAAAUCGUUUAUGACUUGACUGGUUUCAUAAGUCCAUUGAUCUUUAGUGCUUAUGGAAAACUCGAAAGCAAAGUUAGAAUGGAAUGGAACAACAGGGGAUUCUCAACUUUUCAUGCUAUUGUUGUUGCUGUGGCUUCAAUCUACAUCCUGGUGAUAUCAGAUCAAUUCGAUGAGAAUGUUCAUGGCGAUUUAGUCAUCAAUAGUACUACGAGGCUAUCGGAAUCUGUAAUGGGGCUCUCCUUAGGCUAUUUUCUAGCUGACUUAGCGAUGAUCUUUUGGCAUUUUCCUACUCUUGGUGGUAUUGAAUAUGUUUUUCAUCAUGGCUUAUCGAUGUUCUCGAUCAUUCUUUCUGUCACAAGCGGACAAAGUCAGUUCUACAUAUUCAUAGUUCUCUUUUCAGAGGCUACAACCCCGUUUGUUAACCUACGGUGGUACUUGGAUACUAGUGGUCAAAAAGGCUCUAAGGCUUACACGGUCAACGGGAUUGCCCUGUUCUUGGGUUGGCUGUUGGCAAGGGUCCUUUUGUUCAUUUACUUCUUUGUUCACAUGUACCUUCAUUUCCAUCAGGUGAGGCAAGUGUUUCCAUUGGGAUUUUACAGCCUUCUUACGAUACCACCGGCUCUGGCAGUGAUGAAUCUCAUUUGGUUCUGGAAAAUCACCAAAGGAUUGAUCAAAACAAUCUCCAAGGCGAGACACCGGGAAUGA